CGUCGCUGGCGUUGCGGCGGACGCUGUAAUCAAGCCGCAGUGAUGUCGCUGCAUCGGCCGAUGCCGUGGUGCUACUUUCACAUUCGUUUUGAUUUUGACACAAAAUCAAAAUAAAACCGAGUUAUUCGGCGUCCGCUAACCCCGACCGAUUCUGGCUGAGCGCCACGUGGAAACAUGACGGAAGAGGUGGAGAAGCCUCUGGAUGGGCUCUCUGAAGAGGAGAAGACCACAAUUAUUACAAAUGCUGUAAAAGAGGUGCACUUAGCUGAUAUUCUCCUGUGUGGCAAAUGCAAUGAGGUGUAUCACAUGCUGGAGGAAUUCCAGGAACACAAAGCAAGUGAAAGCUGCAAGGAAAAUGGAGAAAUCAAGGAGACACUGAAAGAUGAUAAGAAGCCACAGAUAUGGGCAUUUACACUCUGGAAAAACACCAAGUUCAAGAAGAUGGCAUCAGAGGAGAAGGCACUCACAUCAUGGAACAUGUAUCAGACAUGGAGGGCAAUGAAGGAGCCUGAAAAGGAGACAUGGUUGACUGUUGCAGCAAAUAUGCAGGGGUUGUAUGAUAUUGUUGUGAAUUUUGAGAGGAGCAAGUUGAAAAUUUUACCCAAGAAGGAAGGAGAGGAUGCUAAAGACUCAAAAGCUCCAGUUAUUUUGAAUAAGGUGAUUAAAGCUUCAAAUACGCGAAAAGCAUUUAGGACGGGCGGAGACAGUAAAGUGGAGCUUCUUGUUGAGAAGUUUACGUCAAAACGGUACAAUCCACGCAAGAAAACGUUUGAAUAUCUUGUUAAAUGGGAAAAUUUGGAUGCUGACCAGAACACCUGGGAACCAACUGUAGCCCUCUACAACUGCAAAUCAAUGAUGGAAGAAUUCGAGAAAAACCUCCAAGCUCAACGAGAACAGAACCGCGUUCAGAAAUCACUCGAUAAAGCAAAGAAAGCCGCCGAGCAACCAGUUUACGAAGGACGCCCACAGCGCACCAGCAAACAAAAAGCGCUCAACCAAGUAAAAGCUUGGUGCGGUGCCGAAUCACAAGACCAUGGCGAUAAACGCGUCUUCUCUGAUGAUUCAGAAGACGACGACUUCUACGAAAAACGCAUCAAGAUGGAAGCCGACAGCGACUCCGACGACGGCCAACCGAUUGUCACCAUUAAACGCAUCAACAAAAACGGCGUCGAACGUCGAGUAGGCACCGCGCAAAAGGUGGACACCAUUACCCUUCCAGAAAACAUCCUUAUCCCAGACGCUAAAGGUAUUGUACGUAUCAGCCAGAAACAAAUUCCAUCGUUAAGUUCAGGCGUGUACGUCAUGUCAAAAACCGCUGGGAUUAUCAAAUUGGACACAGCUGCAGCGACGAAGUUAACACAAGGCGGUGGUCAGACUGUUCUGAAAGUAGCACCCAAAGUUGGUCAGGCUAGUAUCAAAGUAAUCAAAAAGAGUAGUCUUGGUAAUGAUCUGAGCAACGGCGGGCAGAAGAUUGCAUUCAAGGCUUUAAGCUCCGGUGGAGUUUCCGCAAGACCAUUGAUGAAGAACUACAGCGGGAAGGUUUACAUGCAACGACGGACCAAUGCACAAGCAGCCGCAGUGGCCGCGCAGAAGAAAAACGAAGUGGAAUUCGAGCAUGAAAUGAGUAAAUACGACGACGAAUCUGACGGUAUCGAAGAGAUGGAAUUCCCUGAAGAAAUUCAAGUACCUGUCGCGGAAAGUCCACCGCCCGAGUUUUCUCUAUGUCCGCUUACGGGUAAAGUCGUCGAUAAGAACGGCAGCGUCAUUGAAACGGAAGAACCGCCGGAAGCCGAUGCAGAUAACGUGACGGUUAAAGAAGAAUCAAAUGAAACAACUGCAGUGACGACCGCGUCGAGUUCAUUGGGUAAUUUGGUUAAUAUUGCCGCGGCGGACAUUUUGGACGAUCUCGCCAACAACGAUAUUAAACCCGAAGCGAUGGAAAUGGCUGCGGAAGACUUAAAUAUGCAGGUUAAUGUUAAGACGGAAACUGGUACCGCUGUCGCGACGGUGACGAUACCCCAAAGUGUUUCAUCACCACCGCCUUUAGUAAGAACAACGCCGACGAGUGGGCGCACACAAGUGAAACAAACGCGGAUUAUUCACUCGCCUGCGUCAAAGCCUUCGAUUCUCAGCACGGCGUUAACAAAUGCGAAUAUUGUACGUAGAGGUCCACCCAAGUUGGUGAGAAGAACUGAUGCGCGUGGUGGUAUUGUUCAGACCCGAAUGCCACCACAUCAAAUCGUGCGACAAGUUGGCGCUGCGCAGCAUUCUACGGUUGUGACGAGAGUGACGCCCUCUGGUGUCACGCAACAAGUCCGCCAGAUUCGGCCUGGCACGCAAAUAAUCCGCAAGCGGAUUGUUCAGGUACCUGCCGGACAUGGCCAGGCGCAACUUCAACCCGGGCAGAGGAGUGUUGUUAGGCAACCAACGCGCGUGUAUCAACAGGUGGUGAGAACGAGCACUCCUCAAGUUACGCAGGUUACAUACGUUGCAACACCGACGAAUAGUAAUAAAGUUAUUACGAUGCCGCCAUUGUUGGAGACAUCCGUGGCGACACCUGUUUUACAAAAAGAGAAACCUAUAGCGCCCAAGGUGCAACAACAGCAGCAGAUUCAGCAAAUACAACAAGUUGUGCAGCCGGUUGUUCAACAAGUUGUACAAGAGCAGCCGCAGGAGGAACCCGCUACGAGUCCUGUACAAGAAACAACGACGUUAAAUCUUGGGGAUGAUGCUCCGCUGUUGAUUACAGGGGAGGACGGGACGAUUUAUCAGGUUGCAGGUCAGAAUGAAGAUGGGCAGACGAUUUUGAUUACGCAGGGUGAAGAUGGCGAACAACAAUGUCUUCUAGUAGCGCCGGAAAACGCGAAUCUUAUCACGCAAGCGCUUGUGAAACCACAGCAGACGCAGGAAACUAUUGUUCAACAAGAGCAGCCUACUAUCGUACAAGAGGAGCAGCCACAGGUGUCUGUUGAGCAGCAGCUGUCGAUUAACACAGAGGUAGAGGCGACGGAGGAACCUGCGGACGAUUCGCAGGUUGUUGCACAGAUCGUCAGUGCGAACCCUCCAAGUCCAGGUGGAACGAGAAAAGUAGUACUAAUGUUGCCCGACGGCAACUUUAUGAUGACUGAGGUGACAGCCGAGCAGUACGCCGCCUUGGAGCUAGAUAAAUAAACGACGAAUCGUAAACAUAGUGAAAAAAAAUACUGGGCUCGAUCGCGGUGAACAUUCGAAAUAUCUUACACUCUCACCACCCUUUACCCUCUUUACACACACAAAUGACUUUGAAGUUGCGUUGCAAGUUUUCUGAACAUGAUGUUUCAUCGAAAAAGGUUACAUAUAUACGCGUAUAAUAGCCAUUAAUUGAUUAACGUUUAUACUAGAUUUACACGUACGGAGGAAAAUCGAAGGAAAGUGUUAUAUUUGAUAUACGGGCAUGUGGGAGCGUGGGUUAAGUAAUAAAGUGGCGUUGGAAGUUGGAAAAGCGGACCUUUUGGUGUAAACAUUUCGUGAAAAGUUAAAUCAUUAAAUUUUAAUCGUUUUAAAAAAGAGACAGAUAAUUACGGACAUUAUGUGAAAAAAUUAAUUGUGUAUGACUUAUUGAAGACGGGGAUUUGAAGACAUGGAAAAUAUAUUAAAUGACUAUAAUUGUAGCGCCAAUAUAAUGUUAAUAUCAACUAGAUGUAAGCAACUAAACGUGUUUAACUAAACUGGACACAAAAUGUACGGGGAUGAUGCGCGAUAAUGAAGUAAAUAAAUUAGCUAAGGUUCAAUAUAUUA